GGGAUACCGCAGACCUACCAAGCUUUUGUCACCUGCGUUUCACAAUUUCUCUCAGACUUCAGGGCCAAGCUCCUGGAGUUGGAGAAAGUUAUCAUGAAGCAGGGUUUGUGCAGCUGUCAAUGUUAAAACAAAAUACCUGCAGCUGGCUUCUCUUCUACUUCUAGUAUUUUUUCCUUGGCUUAGACAAAUUUAUCUUUUUAAUGUUAUUUUUUCAUUUAAAUUAAUAUAAUAAUUUUUAAAAAAAAGAAAUCCUACUUGAAGAGACUUAUUCGCGACCUUUUGUUAUAUAUAUUUUAUAAUGAAUUUCAUUAUGUGCUGAUGUGUUUUUAAAAAAUUUUAAACAAAUUAUUUUAUUGCUUUUUGCAAUGUUUUUGAGAUCUUCUUCGAAAUUCUACCUACACUUGAUAAUCUAUAGACGGUCCUGAUAACUAAAUGAAUAAUGACAAAUAGAAAUUUCUAUACCCUUGUGAAACUUAACAGAUUGUCACAUAGAGUCUCAGUGAAAUAAGAUCCUCAGUGAAAUAAGAUCCAUUGAAAUAAGAUCCUCAGUAAAAUAAGAUUUUCAGUGAGAUAAGAUACUCAGUGAAAUAAGAUCCUCAGUGAAAUAAGUUUCUCAUAAAGUGAAAUAUUCUCAGUGAAAUAAGAUUCUCAGUGAGAUAAGAUGCUCAGUGAAAUAAGAUCCUCAGUGAAAUAAGAUUAUCAUAAAGUGAAAUAAGAUUCUCAGUGAAAUAAGAUUCUCAGUGAAAUAAGAUCCUCAGUGAAAUAAGAUUCUCAGUGAGAUAAGAUUCUCAGUGAGUGAGAUAAGAUUCUCAGUGAGAUAAGAUUCUCAGUGAGACAAGAUUCUCAGUGAAAUAAGAUUCUCAGUAAAAUUGUAAAAAAAAAUGUAAAUGCUACUUGCAGAGGAGCUGAUGUCGCUGGCCAUGUUGAGCUCCAAGCUUCAGCCCUGGUUUGACAAGGUUCAAACAGUCCACAGUGUGUAUGUCUCGGGAGUGGCGUCGGUCAGCAGUGAAGAUGCCAGGCAAAGCAGCAGCAACUGCUUCAAGGCGGCACACCUCCUGGACAUACUGUACCAGGCUCUCUUUGAGCUCGACCUCAUUUCCCUGGUGGAUAAAACGGGCAGGGUAAACGUGUUCAUGUAUAGAUAUCCAGCUUUAUGGAUUUUGUCGGCUGUCAUACCAUCAUCUUAAUAGCUGCAAAAUCAUUGGUUUAUAUUCAAUAACAUUAAUUUUAUUUUAAAAAAGAAAAAAAAAGAAGAAAAAAAACAAUUUAAAAAAAACAAAACACCAAGACUUUUUAAAAAAAAAGUUUGUAUUUAAUCCAGGGGGGUAGAGAAAUUUUAAAUAAGAAAUAGAUUGGUUAUCUGCACAAGUUUUAAAAAACCCAAGAAAUUCUUACAUUCCUCUCUACAUACACUUACACUAUACAUUUAAGUAUAUUUUAUGGUCAAUUUUAAGAGCUGAGAAUUUGUCUCCCUUCAUCUACGUACUGUUUUUUUUGGUUUUUUUUUCAAUUAUUCUCAUCCUUUAAAAAUUGAAUCCUAAUUUAACUCCCAUUAUAAAGAUUUUUUUAAAUCAAAUUAAUUUUUAAAAAUUCACACUAUAUUAUUAUGUUUGUUCAUCUGUAGAAAAAUGUGAUCCUGGAAAUGUUGAUAAAGUCAAGUCAGCC